GAAGUGGGAGGGUUUAACUGUACUGACAGCGAAAAAUCAAAGUGUUGUGGUCAUAUCACCAAGAGGGAGAAUGAAGCGAACAUGUCUUCUGCUCUUGUCGACUUCACUGCUCUGCUGCAGAACUAAUCCAGCCUCUCUGAAUGUGAGUCCCAGCAGCUCUCAUUUCUUUAGCUGGACCUCUGUCUCUCUGAGCUGUGAGGAGGACGACAGCUCUGCUGGAUGGACUCUGAGGAGGAACGCAGACAAAGAAACCAGGACUCAGUGUGGAGAUGGCUGGGGAACACCUGCUGGUUCUUCCUGUAACAUCGACUUCGUGGUCCUACGGGACAGUGGAGUUUACUGGUGUGAGUCCAGAGAGGGAGCAACCAGUAACAGCAUCAACAUCACUGUCACUGGUGGACCAGUGAUCCUGCAGAGUCCUGUCCUCCCUGUGAUGGAGGGAGAAGACCUCACUCUGCACUGUAAAACAAAGAACUCCUCCAACCUCCCAGCUGAUUUCUAUAAAGAUGGAUCCUUCAUCAGGACUGAGCCUGCAGGUCACAUGACCAUCCACCAUGUUUCCAGGUCUGAUGAAGGCCUCUACAAGUGCAACAUCAGCAGUGUUGGAGAGUCUCCACCCAGCUGGAUCUCUGUCACAGAUAAAUCCAUGACUACAAAUCCUCCUACAUCCCCCUCUACCUCUACUUCCAACACCACUACCUUACCCCCUUUUACUUCUGGUUCCUCCUCCCCUCCUCCCUCCGUGUUGUGGUCCGUUUCGGUUGGUGUUUUGGUCGUCCUGGUUCUACUGGUCGUGCUGGUGAGACGAUGCAUCUGUAGGAAACCUAAAGAAGCGCAAGUAAAAGUUAGAGAUGAGGACGUCACAGACGACGUUACAUACAGUGAUGUCCAAAUAUCACACCACCUGCAACAGCCAAUCAGACGUAGCAGAGAGAGUGAUCCAGCUGCAAUCUACUCAGCAGUAAGAACAGAAGACGUCAGUUACGGACAAAUCGUGAUCAAAGACAUCAAAUCAAACAGGAUGAGAGAAAGAAAUCCAGCUGCAGUCUACUCAGCAGUGAGACAAGCAGAAGACGUCAGUUACGGACAAAUAGUGAUCAAAUCAAACAGGACCAGAGAGCCUCCAGCAGAGCCAGAGGUCCUCUACUCCUCACUGAGGUAGACCUGAACUCCAGUCCAACCAGUGGAGUCCAGCCGGCCUAUCACUGGUGCCCAGAACCACUCACGCCUCGGUACAUUCAUCUGUUAGAUUUCUAAUUAAAGCUAAAUGAGACUCAUACAUCUAUGAAGAGACAAACAACUCAAAUUUAGAGCACGUUUGUAUUCUUUAGAUGUUUUUCAUUCAUUUUUCAGACAUUUUGUGGUUCUUCUUUAAAGGUGCUCUAAGCGAUGUCACACGUUUUUUAGGC